AGAGAGAGAGAGAGAGAGAGAUGCAUGGGGAUUGGAGAGGUGGACACAGGAAGGGGUGGAGAAAAAAAGGGUGAAGAGAAGGACGAAGGGAGAGAAAAAGGAGAAUUUGGAUGCAUGGACUUUGAAUCAGUUUAAUCGGAAAGUAACGUAAAACAUUGAUCAGACAGGUCUGCUGCUCCGAUCGCUCCUCUUCAUUGGUGUGGGUUGAGCCUUCUGAGAGCCGCUGCAAUUUGGUUUGUGGAAAAGCAACUAGUUUCUGAUCUCACUUGCUACCAUGCAAUUAGAAGCUUUAUUCGAGUAAUAACAUUUGGAUUUGAUGAAUUUGAUUAAGAAGACCGUGGUGCUUUAUGAACCGUCCAUUUCAGCCUUUAGAGCAUUGAAUUUGGCUGUGAUUAAUGUUUGGAUUUUGUCUUGGUUCAUUCUACAACACUGAUUAAAUCACUGAGUUGGACAUUAGAGAAUUUCUUUUCCUAUAGAGAAAAUUAUAUCCGAUUGAAGAAUUUCCACAUUUUCUAUAGUAUUUGGUUCCAAAUGGUAAACACAUAAUUGCAGAUAGUGUUUCAUAGCUUUGUGAUAGGGGGUUCUCUACAAUGGGGUUGCCUCAAUUACCUCCAAGUACAGCCGAUGAAGUAGCUACAUCACUGAGCACAUUAGUGUCAGUCCAAUCAAUUAGUGAUUUUUCGUGCCCCUCUAUUAGUGAUUUCCAUAUCAAAACUACAUCAGAACUCCCGAAAGGAGUAGAUGGACCAUUCAAGUUUAAGAAUGCCAUUGAUGGAGCUGCAAGCUUUGAAGGUCUUAAGCUUGACUGCAAGGAUAAGAGGGGUUGGAUAAGGCCUAAGGUUGGACAGGAUGCCCAAAAACCAGUGAUAAGGAUUGUUGGUUUUGAAUCUGGCCAUCAAGACUCGAUCUUUGGUUCGGAAAAAGUUGUGUUGAAUGAGACUAAGUGUGUUGAUUCUUUUGGCAGUUUAGCAGAAUCAAAUGGGUCACAGAUGAGAAAACGUUUGUUAUCUCCGCUGAAUGGCAUGCUUCACAAGCAUUUCCAUGGUGACCUUUUAGAUCUUGGCGGGACUGGUGAUGUUUGUGAUCGCUCUAAUGAUACGGUUAGGAGAUGUUUACUUCAAUCAGAGGAUUGUAGGAAAGUAAAUAUUAAAAGUGUUAGUGAAUUUGAUGCUUUCGUUCGUCCAAAUUCACAGGUUUCACCUUGGAUUAGUCAAAUGAAACACGAAAAUAAUAGUUUCAGUUCAGAUAGAUUUACUGAUGGUCCUUUGCUUCACAAUAAGGAUUCUUAUUCGUUAUUUCAUCAGUCAAAUACUUCAGACAUCACGAAAAUCAACGCUAUAACCAUGUCAAGAAAUUCUGACACGAUUGCCAUAUCUCCUAAGUUGGUCAACUCCCCCCCGCUCUUCUUGUCUCCUCUCGGUCCUAAAGGGUCCGAAAGAACUAAUAUUGUCGGAGCAUCGAAAAUUAUAUGCAGCAAGAUUGAAAGUGAAUCUCAGAUUUUAGAAGAUACUGCAGAUUCUAGAGAUGUAACUGUGGCUGGUAAUACAUUCGUAAGUGGCACUAUGUUGUUUGAUGAGUCUUAUUUGUCUUCCCCGGUCGGUUAUCAUUCAGGAAGGAGCUGGGAGGGUCCAGAGUCAGCCCCAUCCCAUUGCACUAAACCAGUGAGAAAUUUAAACGUUUUACAUGUGAGGAGGUCGCUAGUUGGUUCUUUUGAGGAGUCCCUUCUGUCUGGUCGACUUUCAUCUGGGAAAAUCAGCCAGAGGAUUGAUGGGUUUUUGGCUGUUCUCAAUGUUAGUGGUGGCAGUUUUUCUCCACAGACUCAGAAACUUCCUUUUGCUGUAACAAGUAUUGAUGGGGACAGCUCGUUGUUAUACUACGCAGCUAUUGAUCUCGCGGAUAGUUCGCUAUUGAAUAAGAGCAAGAGCCAAAAGUUGAAAAGAAGCCUCAGCAUUGAUGAUUCCCAAGCUGUCAAGAGUCGCUUGCGCAUUCCUAUGAAGGGCCGCAUACAACUGGUUCUUAGCAAUCCAGAAAGGACUCCUGUUCACACAUUCUUUUGCAACUAUGACUUGAGCGAUAUGCCCCCUGGAACAAAGACGUUCAUGCGCCAGAAGGCUACUCUAUCAUCUUCUUCUUCUGUUUCCCAUUUGAUAAAAGGAAUGAGAAGUCAAAACUCAGUGCUCUCCAACAAAACUGAAGGCUGUGUGCAUGUUACUACUGAUCAUCAUUCUGAAAAAGCUAGUAGAUCUCCAACUAUACCAGACCUUAAUUCCCUGUUCUUUUCACCUUCGGAAAGCCCUGAACAGCCUAAUGGUUUUAUAGCUAAUAUGAACACCAAUUAUUUUAUGAACGGAGAGGGGGAUAUAACUUAUCAGAAAUCUAUUCAUAGCUCUACAAAACUAAAUGAUAAUUGCCCUACUUCUGGUGCUCUGCGUUAUGCCCUACAUGUUCGUUUUCUAUGCCCCUUUUCAAGGAAAUGUUGCAAAGCAGUGCAAAGAUGUCAAUCGGAUCCCUUUUCGGUGCCAAAGAGAAAUAAUGGAGCUGUUGAGGGAGAGCGUCACUUCUAUUUGUAUAAUGAUAUUAGAGUAGUGUUUCCUCAACGCCAUUCUGAUGCAGAUGAGGGCAAGCUUCGGGUGGAGCACCAUUUUCCAGCAGAUCCGAAGUACUUUGAUGUAAGCAACUGAACAGAAGAUGUCAUGCCAUGGCUUCCAAUUGUACAUAGCUUCUCAUUUCCUCAAAUGAAAUCUGUAAAGAAACUCCUCCCAUUUCCUGUAAAUAAAAUGCCUUUAACUAUUCUAUUGCUCUAUUUCUGAUUCAUCUUUCUUUUCUCAAUGAACAAAACUUACGUGAGGAUAUAAUAAAAUGUACUAUGAUGAACUUCAUUGCCGUUGAAUUUGCGGUAAGAUUAGUGCUAGUCAGGAUAUCUUAUAUAGCAUUAAUCUUAGUGCAAAUCCAAUAGUUUUGCAGCCCAUCAUGAUGAGUUUACAUCAGGAUAUCCUGAUAAUUUUUUUAUUUCUCAAUCAUCUGGUGUUCUAGGGAAAUAAGCUUGAUCUUAGUAGUUUUAGAGCUUUGUAUUAAGUUUUUAAUGACCAUGGGACUUGCCACCAUCAUGUGGUAAAUGGUGCAAUCAAGUUAGUAAUA